UUCUGUAAUAUUCCUAUGUUCUUAUGGAGACGCUUCUCAUCCUUUAUGACUCAUCGGACGCCUGAGUUGUGCGUGAGCAGGCGACUUUCUUUCACCCCUUUCUCUCUCUCUAAAUUUCUCCAUUUUUCCAUCAUUUUUAGGACUUGGGUCUUAAAUUUUCUUCACAAAACAAUAGAAUUUGAUUGAAAAAUGUCUCCUGCUGUACCUUCUGAAUCUGAACCCAUUUCUCUCCAGAAGCCAAUUCAUGAAACAUUGAAAAUUCAUGAUAUUUCUGAAACAAAAUCACGUUUUCCUGGCCUGAGAGGCGUGCAAUGGCGAGUAGAUCUCGGGAUUUUGCCUUCUGAUGACUCUUCCAUCGAUGAGCUGAGAAGGGUUGCUGCUAAUUCACGAAGAAGGUAUGCUACCUUGAGAAGGCGUCUUUUAAUAGAUCCACAUGUUCCUGACGAUGGGACUAGAGCUUCAGAUCAUGUUAUGGAUAAUCCGCUCUCACAAAAUCCUGAAAGCAUGUGGAGUCGAUUUUUCCGAAAUGCUGAGCUGGAGAGGAUGGUCGAUCAGGAUUUGUCACGGUUAUACCCAGAGCAUGGCAGCUACUUCCAGACACCGGCAUGUCAAGCCAUGUUGAGACGCAUAUUGUUGUUGUGGUCUCUCAGGCAUCCAGAGACUGGUUACAGACAAGGUAUGCAUGAGCUUUUGGCUCCUUUAUUAUAUGUUCUUCAUGUUGAUGUCUUGCGCCUCGCCCAGGUCAGAGAACUUCAUGAAGAUCAUUUCAAUGACAAGUUUGAUGGCUUGUCCAAUAUCAAAUGGGCAAUAGAGGACGGUGAUGAUGACAUAAAUUUUCGGCAAACUGUGGCCAAAGUUAGCAGCCUGGAUGAGCUUGAUCCUGACAUAAGGUCCAUUGUAUUAGUUAGUGAUGCUUAUGGGGCAGAAGGUGAACUCGGGGUUCUCUUAUCUGAGAGAUUCAUGGAGCAUGAUGCUUACUGUAUGUUUGAUGCACUAUUGAGCGGAGGUGGUGGUGGUGUGGCCAUGGCUGAUUACUUCUCUCCUUCACCUAAUGUGGGUUCUUUAACUGGUCUACCACCUGUAAUAGAAGCAUCCUUUUCAUUAUAUCGAUUGCUUUCUAUAGUUGAUAUAUCCCUCCUUGACCAUUUGGUGGAGCUUGGGGUUGAACCACAGUACUUUGCGCUUCGAUGGCUACGUGUACUAUUUGGGCGAGAAUUCUUACUAGAAGAUCUCUUGCUUGUUUGGGACUCAAUAUUUGCUUGCGAUAAUAGUCCUGUUAUUCCCGAUAAUAACAAUGAUAAUCAUGUGAGAAUUGCAAAUUCUCCUCGAGAGGCAUUUAUUUCAGCCAUGGCCGUCUCUAUGCUUCUGCAUCUCCGGUCCUCUUUGCUCGCUACCGAAACUGCCACUGCCUGUCUUCAGAAGCUGCUCAACUUUCCUGAGAAUAUAGAAGUGAAAAAAUUGAUUGAGAAGGCAAGAUCUUUGUAUACUAUUGCUCUUGAUACAAGAGUACCCUCUUAUUUUUACCCAGGGGCUUUUGAUGCUAGUAAAUCUGCACUUACUCGUAAUUCUAGCCUUUCAUCUCCUCGCCAGAUUUCAGGUUCGCUAUCUCCUAAUUCUCUUUUGGGUUCACUACCUGAUAGCUACUGGGAAGAGAAAUGGAGGAGCUCAAUGUUGAAGUCAGAGCAAAGGAAAGGAAGCUUGAAAUCGACUGAGAAAAAGGCUUUAGGAAGGGGACGAUUAAGCCUAGCAAGGGCUGAAUCAGAGCCAUCUCAUACAAAGACAGCAAAUGGCCAAAAUGGACAUCAGUACCCUGUCAGGAGAAGGCUUUUAGAGGAUCUGAACCGAGAGCUUUGCUCAAAUGAAGAUUUAGAAAACCCAUCUGGCAGUAUGUCUAGCCCUGAAAGGCCUUUUUCUGUCCAGAUAGAUGCUGAAAAGGAUAUGGAGGAAGAAACAAGUGGAGCAGGAGGAAGUGAGGAAAGCUCGCCAAAUAUAUCAACAUAUGCUAGUGCCCUUAUUCGAGCUAUCGACAAUGAGAAUGACUCCGAAAAAAGUAGUGUCACUAGUGCUUUAUCUCUUGAUGGUGAUGAUAGUGAUCGUGUGGAUGAAGCAUGCACCAUUGUUCCUGAGUGCCAACCCCUUUUGGAAUCUGAAACCAAGGAGGGUUUGGAGCAGAGAGAACUUGGGGCUGACGCAAUUGUGAAGGUCACCGAGGAAGCAAAUGGUAAAAAGGAGGCUGGCUCAAAGGAUAGGAAACCUAUCUCUGGCAAAUUUCAGUGGUUUUGGAGGUUUGGUCGGUCCAAUGGAGAAGAAGCUUUCGAGAAAGGAGACAUGGUAUUGAAUGGAAAUGUGAAUGAGGGGCACAACAACUCUGACCGCCGUGCUGGUGGGUUGGCCUCCGAAGGGUCAAGUAGUUUGCCCGAGUGUACUGAUGUAGUGGAAACAGCAGAUAAGAAUGUGAUCAGUACAUUCAGAAGCCUUGGACAGUCUAUGCUUGAAAAUAUUCAGGUCAUCGAGUCAGUUUUCCAGCAAGAACGAAGCCAGGUGGGUUCGUUGGAGAACUUGUCAAGAAAUAUUUUGAAUAGCAAAGGGCAAGUCACAGCCAUGGCGGCUCUCAAGGAACUCCGGAAAAUUAGCAACCUUCUUUCUGAAAUGUGAGGUGGUUUUGUGAAUAUAUAACUGUAAUUAUCAUUCUUCCAUCCAUGAAUAAAUAAUAUUCCUGGUUUUGCCAUCA